GACUGUGAAACACAAGUCGACCUUGCCUUUCUUUUGGAUGGUUCAGGCAGCGUAUCUGAUCCUGAUUUUCGAACAAUGAAGAAGUUUGUGAGAGAUCUAAUUGUAUCAUUUCUCUCAAGUGACACACAGUUUUCUGUUUCCCAGUUCUCCAGUGCCCCAGAGGUUCAUUUUAACUUUAAAAAAUUUAACUUACCUGAAAUGGAGGAUGAAAUGAAUAAAAUUCAGCAACAUGUGGGACCGACUUUCACGGCUAAGGCCAUCAAAGAAGUUGUGGAAAAAGUUUUCAGCCCACAGAAAGGCUCCAGACCAAAUGUGAAGAAGGUCUUGAUUGUAAUUACUGAUGGAGCAUCUAAUGACCGUGAGAACCUGGAAGGUGCAGUAGAGCAAGCAAAAAAUAAAUCGAUUGCUCGAUUUGUUAUUGGG